CACAGCUUGUUAAAAAUAAACUUUUAAUCAUACAACAUUAGCAUAUGGCGGGAACAACGCCGAACUCCCUCCAAUUUUUUCUCACGCUAAAAUUCAAGUCCUAAUCACUCUCGUCUUUUCUCCCUCCACAUUACCCCCAAAUUCCAAAACCCUAACCGACAAAUCGAACAAUUUCAGUUCUACUACGCAAUGGCCGAUCCCGUCACGGAACUCAGUCCCUCAGACAAUACCCCCAGACCGAUGACCCGCAAUGUCCGCCGGAGGUUGGUCCAAUCAACUCUCUUCCCUCACAAACCAGCAGAGCCCAGCAAUAAACCAGAGGAAAAUGGCGACAGUUGUGACGAACAAGACGAGGAUUACUGCGACACGAAGAAUCGCAGGAAGAGAAAGUCCAAAGGAAAAGCCACUCCCACAAAUAAAGGUUCCAAGAGUGCCACACCAAAGAAAAAUGCAUCAGCUAAUGGAAUUAUAGGGUCUACUUCGCUGAAUGUUUUGUCUGAUUUCGAUAAAGUUGAUAAACCUAAGCCUGAUUUGCGGUUAGAGGCAAAGUUGUCAGCUGAGGAAAAUUCAAGGUUGUUUGCCGGCCGGCAAGUUCAUCCAUUUUUUUCAUCCUGUAAAGCGGGGAAGAAAGUUCAGGAGCUGUCUGAAUCAGGAAGUGAUCUAUACAAAGCUAAGAGUGGUGAUGAAAAGAUUACCUGUGGUCCUAUUCAUGUAUUUGAAAAUAUCAAGGAUGAUACCUCAUCCCUAGACUGGAGAAACUGGACAUUUUUGAGAAAUUCCACCCAUGUGAAUGGUGGAUUAGAAAGUUCAAAUUUAUCUGUUUACGAGGGUUCUGUUGAAUGCUUAAAUUUUGAUAAACUUCUUAGUACUUUACAUCCAUUGGCGGCUUCAAGUUAUCAUUCUCCGUGUCCAGAAAAUCUGCAAGAAACAUCAUUAUCAAACUUAACUUUACAAGAGGAGCAAACAAAAAGUGCUCAGAUGCCAAAAAAUGCCAAAGUGGACUUGGAGGUGGAUGAAUCUGAUACCUUUUCUGUGCUAGCUGGCUAUUUUAGAAAGUCAUGUACUGAGCCGUCUAGUAGAUUUCUCCAAGAAAGUCUGAGGUCAUACUAUGUUGGUUGUGAGGAUAAACCAGAAGGCAGCUUAUGGGCAUACAAAUACAAGCCAACUAAAGCCGUUGAGGUAUGUGGUAAUGACGAAGCUGUGAAUUUCUUGAGUGACUGGCUACAUCAGUGGCAUGAAAGACGUUACAAACCCAGGAAGGAGACAUGUAAGAGGGAUACAAGGGUCAUGCAAGAUGAUGAUGAUGAUGAUGAUGAUUAUAUGUGUUCUGACAGUGACUAUGAUUCAGAAGAUAUGAAUGAAGAGGAUUCACUGCAGAAUGUUCUUUUAAUUACAGGACCAACAGGGAGUGGCAAGUCCGCAGCAGUCUAUGCUUGUGCCCAAGAGCAAGGCUUUGACAUAUUAGAGCUCAAUGCAUCAGAUUGUAGAAAUGGGACUGUUGUAAAGCAGUAUUUUGGAGAUGCCCUUGGUUCACAUGGGUUCAAAAGGUUAUCAGAACAUACUUUGAGUUCACAGAAGAUAACUACAAAUUUCCCCCCAGCUCCUGCUUUGAUUAAUGAUAAAGCUGUGGAUGAGGUGAAUGAUGGAGUAGUUGAACCAAUACCGUUAUCUGAUGAUGAAGCUCAUAGCCCACUUAAAACAUCCCAAAAGUUACUUGGCAAGAAUGACGCUGUCGCAUGUGAUAAAGUCCAAACUUUGAUUCUGGUUGAGGAUGUGGACAUACUCUUUCCUGAAGAUCGUGGAUGUAUUGCCGCCAUACAGCAGAUUGCCGAGACAGCAAGGGGUCCAAUUAUAUUGACCAGCAAUAGUGAUAAUCCUGGCCUUCCAGAUAAUUUUGAUAGGCUUCAUGUUUCGUUCUCAUUGCCAACGCCAAAAGAGUUGCUUUGUCAUUUGUACUCUGUUUGUCUGGGAGAAGGAGCCCCCAUCCAUCCUCUUCUACUGGAGAAGUUUAUACAGUCCUGUGGCGGAGACAUCCGGAAGACCAUUAUGCAUCUUCAGUUCUGGUUGCAGAGUAUAAUAUUUAGUAAAGAUCUAAAAGCACAGACAGGAUAUGUCUCACUUCCAUUUGAUCUUGAGGGUGGUCAUCGGAUACUACCAAAGAUAAUGCCAUGGGAUUUCCCUUCAGAGAUAUCCGAACUAAUUGAGAAUGAAUUUGUCAAAUCAGUAAAUAUAAUGGAAGAGAAUUGCAGUAUGCAAGGGUUAGAUGAAGAAGAGCUUCUUCACAUAAAUGAAGGCCAAAAUGAUUCAGAUGAGCAGUAUAUGGAGACUGAUUAUAUAAAAGCGAAGAAGGUGGAGAUGAUUAAGAGAAAUGGGUCUGUAACAGAUUAUGACGAGCUUGAAAUUCAAUACAAAGCUAUCUCUGAGUUUCCCAAUGCUUCUGGGUCCCCUGAAGCAUCCUAUCUGCAAAAUGGUCGAAGGAAACUUGUAGUAAUGUCCUCUGAUUCUGAGGAGGAGGAUUCAAAUAACCGAUAUCCUCAAGACACAGAGGACGAAGCUAACAAGAGACAUUCCAUCAAAGGAAAUAAUGAAUGUACCUCUGACAUUCAGUUGAAUGAAAACUGCCCCAACACAUCUUUUCGUAAACUGGUUUGUUCUGAAUUGGAGGAUUCAGAUGAGGAACGUAAUGAAUAUUCAAAAACAGCUGAUGUUACAUGCAUAAAUGAGACAUCUAAAUCAUUUGAUGUAUCCUGUGUACCAGAAUCAUCGUUUGUUCCUGAAACUGCUAUUGAAAGUGGACCAGAUACAAUGUCUGGAGCAGUGUCUUCUGGUCAGUGUCUAGAAGUUUCUAUGAAUAACGAGUUGAAACCGUUCACUUUAAGUGCUCGGAGGCGCUUAACAAAAUUAUCACACAAUUCAGAUAUGAUGGAUGCUGAAAUUCCAGAUUCUUCUCCAAAAGAGGCUCUACAAGAUUUUAUAGAUGAAAAUAUGGAAACUACAAUUAUCAAGGUGAUGGAUGAGUGCAGUCGUGUGGAUUUCAAAUUAAAGUCAACAUUAGUUGAGUCCAGUCCAUUAUUGGAGACAGAUAUGGUACAAAAUUUAUGGAAGAAACUCCGACAAAUGGAUUUAAGACAGCAUACUAUCUCAGAACAGCCAGGGGCUUCUCAAGUUGUUAAACUUGCUAGUGGGUUGAGCAAUCUAAUUUCAGAAGCUGAUUUGUUUCACAAUUACCAACAUAAACACGAUAUUUCGGAGCCCCGGAGCUUUGUUUCUAAUGAAGCUACAACUAGUUAUAAUGACGAAACAAUGAUGUCCACAGUUACUGUACAUGGGUUUUGUUCUUAUGUUAAACUUAUAACAGAUGUUGGAUCAAAGUUUGGUUGUGCGGACAUGAUUGAUUUAACUUCUGAGAUGUUGGCUUCCACAACUAAUACAAUGGCAUUGGGGAAAUUAUCCAGACAGGAUCUUGCCAAAAACACAGUUAUUUAUACUGGGAAGGAAUUAGAGUUGAACAACCCCAUAAGUAAUGUGAAGAAGAGUGAAAAUAAAGCAUCUCUGUUUGAGGCUGUCCAAUCCAUUGUUCCUGCAAGAAUAUCCUUAGCACUGAAAGGUGAUAUCUUCUAUGAAUAUUUAUCUUCAAUGCGCCAAAUUUCAAGGUCAGAAGCAGUCCGUGUUUCACAAUGUGUUGAAAAGAAGAGAAGAGGAAGGUCGCAGGGGUUUCAACAUUAUUUGAGCAGAUGUACAAUGUUGUCUCCUGAAGCUAUAACGUUGGUCAGUAAUAGUGAUCUGUACAAAAAGAUUUCUUCACAACAUACAACUAACGUGGAAAGUACACCAUUGUAGCUUAUAGGUUUAGUAAUACAGCUAUCAGUUCUCUGAUAUAUUGGUAAUUGGUUCCUUUAAGCAAACUACAAGAACACCCCUAUGAAUAAACACAGUAUGGUGAAAUGCUAUGCACUGGAAUGUGGGAAGCAAGGCUGGUUGUCACACACCUCAGGCUGUUAAAAGUCCAUGUCUUAUGUUUUUGCAAAUGAUGACUGUCUUUAGGCUGAAGUUGUAAACUAAAACUAGAACAGUGGUUGAUAGAAGUUACAAGUAGGAAUUGCUCCGUUCUUAAAAAUAAUUUACUAGUCAUUUUUUUGUAAAGUUUAAAUUAGUAUUAUCUAUGUAUGGACGAUUUGUUA